CCCCGCCCCGCCCCGGCAGCUCAGUCAAUCCAACCUUAAGAGAAGGCGAGUCCACGGCUAUAAAUAUAAUAGCUAACACAAGAUGGCCGGUUUGCCUCGUAGGAUUAUUAAGGAGACACAGCGGUUGAUGGCAGAGCCUGUUCCAGGGAUCACAGCUACACCUGAUGAAGAAAAUGCACGUUACUUCCAUGUGGUCAUUGCAGGGCCUCAAGACUCUCCAUUUGAAGGAGGCACAUUUAAACUUGAACUAUUUCUUCCAGAAGAGUAUCCCAUGGCAGCUCCCAAAGUGCGAUUCAUGACCAAAAUCUACCACCCAAAUGUUGACAAACUGGGAAGAAUAUGUUUAGACAUUUUGAAAGAUAAAUGGUCUCCAGCCUUGCAGAUCCGUACAGUGUUGCUAUCUAUUCAGGCAUUAUUAAGUGCUCCCAAUCCAGACGACCCCCUGGCAAAUGAUGUCGCAGAACAGUGGAAGAAAAACGAAGGCAUCGCCAUAGAGACAGCCCGAUCAUGGACCAGGAACUACGCGGGCAAGAGUGAUUAAAGAAGAGAGACGAGGCGACUGAAUGUGAUCCACAAAAAUGUACUUCUAUUCUGUCAACAUUUGAAUUGUACGGACACACACACACACACACACACACACACACACACACACACACACACACACACACACACACACACAAAAAGGCAAAAAAAAAAGAUUAUUUGUCCAAAUCUAUUUGAAAGACAAGAUUUACUGCUGCAAACCUCUGGGUGACUUAUCUUCCUCUCUGAGAAGCGUUAUGUGUGUGUGUUAGCUUUUUUCCCCCCUAUGUUGCUAUUUAAAUGCAUGGACUCAGAAUGACACCCUCCCCACUCCAGUCUUAAAAAUAACAUGCAAUAUGUUGCCCUGAAUGAGGCACACACUGGUACGGUUGCAAAUGAUAUAUUCAUGCAUUAAAGCUGUUCUUCUUUUUAACACAUGUAUUUUUUUGUGGCCAUCUGUACGUCUUCAAGCAGAGAUGACACCUUUGGUUAUGUCAUCCCAUCGAGAGUUCACAUCUUUCUUUAUGGUAAGGAAUGAUGAAGUUUCUCUUUGCUCUUUUUAGGGAAUACGAUGAGUUUUGGAGAGUAGCUCUUACAGUCGACAAGGAGGGAAGAUUUCCGUACAAACAUUACAUCAUUGAAAACGUUGCUUACUGACUAAUGUACAUGAGUAUCAUCUUAAGCGUACAUGGGGGACUGAGGUGAAACAAAUCACAGCAAUGAUGAUGCAAAAAAUUGUCAUGAAAGCGACUAUUUAAAUUCCACAUUGGGUUUCACCCUUUAAGUUGAGUAAAAAUACUUUUAAGAAACUAAUAAGACAGUGAUAAAAACAGGCUAAACACUUUGUCUUACAGACAGCAGAGUGAGUUUCAAACAUGUGUACUGUAAGAUGAUCUCAGUGAUGCCCCUGAGCUGAGUUUAGAGAAAUGUUUUAUUAGCAUUUAGUCCAUGGCUAGCAGUUAUCAUUUUAUACCUUUUUUUAUUUCCUUAUUUUCCCACGGCUUAUUGGUCUUCGAUAGAAAAGGCAGGUUAGUGUGUGAUUAGAUGACUGAAGCCUUUAAGGUGAGGGCAUAGCCUUUAACAGUCCAUUUUUCACUUCACAUUUUGAUCCUUUUAGAACCUGUAUGAUUAAAAUGUUCCUCUGUUCAGUCGUGGACAUUGGAUUUAGUUAUAUUACAUUCAUCUUCAGUCGGGCUUCUUUUUUUUUCAAACAGACAGUUUGGGGAGGGUGAGCAGAUUACUUCCACAUUCUUAAAAAAAGCGGUUCCCAACACCUUGUGCGUGAUAGAACACACAUUCUUGAUGUUGAAAAUGUGCUUUCUUAAAGGGUGGAGGCCUCUGAGUGGUUUUUAUCUUGUUUUUUUAACCCUGUCCAUGCUCUCUGUGGCCUGUUCUCCAUUUGAUUUUCAGUGUUAAAGGCAUGAACUGUAACUCAACUGAUACUAGGAUACAGUGUGUGUGAGAGCUGGGCUGUAGAGUGGACUUUAAAGGGAAAGUUAAGGCCUUUUUUUUGUGCAGUUUUGUCAUUCUCACAAGUUGUUGCUCAUUAAGAUACUUAUCUGUGAUUAUGCAAGUGGAUUCAUCUGAUUGGGCGUUGUGGAAGCAGGAGAGAAGUGAUCGAUCUGACUAAAGAUCCUUAUCAUGCUAUCAUGUUUUUAGGGUGUCUAAAACUUUCCUUUUAAAAUGUAUUGAUGGACCGGAGGAGUGACAACAUCAGAUUCCUGCUCCAGUCUGAUUGGAGGGAGGACUGUUACAGUGUUUUGUAGUGAAACUAUUUCCGUUCAGCCUCUUUUCUUUGGUUGAUCUCUGCUCUUGCUUCUCAUUGGAUUAUGGCAGGCUUUGUUUGUGUUGCUAGAUUUGUCUGUGUCCUGCCCUCACCCAGAGUUAUUAACCGUUUCUGACUCCAGUCUGUGAGGUGGAUACAGCUUAAAACCCGGUUAAUUUAUUGUUUCACUGUUGGACUUUGACAGCUCUGGAAAAUCAAGAAACAGUCACUCACUGGAAUUUUUAAAGCAUCUAGAUCAAAAGAUUGAGAGCUCAACUGAUGAAUCCGCUUCCCGUGUGUAAAACAAAAGAAGAGUUCUGUUGGUGAUUUCAGUACAUUUACAUACAUGGCUCUUCAAAUACUCUGUAAAUAAACUGAGUUGAGUAAGUAA